CACCGGGCUCGCGGCCGCCUCGGCAUGCCUACGUCCGGGGCGCGGGCUGCGGGGGCGCCCUGGGCACGCUUCUCGGCCUGGCUGGAGUGCGUGUGCGUGGUCACCUUCGACCUGGAGCUGGGCCAGGCGCUGGAGGUGCGCCCCCAAGCAGAGGGAAAAAUGUUGCCAAGACCUCCCAUUGGGAUGGAGGAGAGAGGAACCCUGCACUUCGGAUACCGAAAGUGGUACUCUUGACUCUUCCCCCCAUAAAAAGCUGCUCCUCUCCCCCCUCGCCUGCCUUCCCGCGCUAUGAUACCUUCUCGCCUCAGUUCCUCCGGCCAGAAUACCAGCGGUCACUCUUGACUCCUCCCAUCCCUCCACCCCACAUCCCAUCCGGGGACAAGGCUGACAGCUCCACCUGCAACAGGGUUCGCAGAUUCGUUACCUCUGCUACUGUCCCCCUAAGUCCAAUAUUUGCGGCUCUCUUCCUUACAUCUUUGGACACCCCCUUGUUCACUUAGAAUCACAUCCAGCCCCGGGAGUCAUCUUUCUGUUCACUGACUGCACCUAGCCCACCUAGCCUGGGGUGUUCCCAAUGCCGGCAAGACUCUUCCCCACCCCCACCCACAUGGGUGUACAUGAAAACGGGACAGACUCAGGGAGGAAGGCCUUCCGUAGUUCUGCAGGCCUGGCGCGAUGGUCUUCUCGUGCCCUGAAGGCCAUGACGCAGACCCUGGCGCUGACCAGGGCAGGGGAGGCUGGGAGGUAGGCUUCAGCACGCUGUCAGCAGAACUUGCUGAGAACCAGGAGGCGGCACAUCCCGUGACUGCAGUCAGCUGAUAAGGCUGGUUAGCCAUCACUGGGAAGCCAGCAUCAGGGUGAGGGGGGUGUCUUCCAAGACCUUGCUGAACUCCGCCAGGCUGUGGGACGCCCAAGUCCUAAAAAACAGAAAGGACUGACACUGCCCAUGCUCGCUGUGGAGACCCCAUUCCACCAUACCUGUCCCCUCGUGGCAUGCCAAAUUGACAGAGGGACCUGAGCCCAAAGAGGUGAGGUGAUCUGCCUAGCAUCACAGUCCACAUUCCUGCUGGUGCCCAAACUGUUCCCAGUAUAAUCACAAGAGAAGAGAGUCUACUGUUUCCUUAAGGCAUUCUCAUGUAUAAUGUUCUAGAACUUCACCACUCAAGCAAGAACUGUUAAAGGCUCCAUGUGCUUGGGCUUCUGAACUUUGCUGAGGCUAUACAGCUCAGGGAGGGAGUGUUGGGGGGACCCACAGCCCCUCCGAAUUGUCAAGUCUGUGCAGGAAUCGGGCAGCACAGCCACAUGACGCGCGUCAGGUCUGCAUCCUGUCUUCUCUCCCCUGGAAAUCGUGGGGAAGAUCAGGGGUCACUUCAGCUGAAUCCACAAUCAUUCAUGGAGCACCUGCUCCGCCCUCGCUUACUCCGGGCUUGGCCUGGCUGAGCACCACAGAGAUUCUGACACUGCGCUGGGUGCUGGGACAGGAUGGGAGACCCAGGGACUGCCUUCCGGGAGGGAGCUUGUCGAUCACAGAGACUCCAUGGACAGACGCAACGCAGAGGAAGGAACGGGGCUUGGCCAAACGUUGGAGGAUGAGAAGGAGGCAGCCUGACAGGGCAGAGGGGACUGUUUCAGGUAACCCCUCCCCCCAAAAAGCCAGCAAAAGCAAAGGCAAGGAGCCAGCCCUUCACUCACUCAAUGAGUCUAGUACCGAGCAACUGCCGGGAGCCAGGCCCCACGGUCCUGGAGCUGGACACGGGCACAGAGCUGAAUGCGAUGUCAGGGUCCUGCCCACCAGGAGUUUGGGUUCUGUGCUAGAAACGCAGGGAGUAACUGGUUCAGGACCCCCCAGAGCGCACAGGAUGUGUGUGGGCAGGGAGGUCCCACCGACGUGGGUGCACAGGAGCCUGCAGACGAGGCAGGGGUCAGACAGGAGGGCGGGCAAGGCUGUGCACCUCCGCUGAGCAGAGGGCCUGGCUCUGCUGCCCUCGGAAACUCUCCUCUCAGCGCCCCCACCGACCCGAGAAGCCCACGCAGCCAGCGGAGGCCGGGGGGCCCAGGCUGCAGGCUCCUCCCCCAGGCGUCCGCGUCCUUCCAGCUGCAGCUCCCGCACUGCCGUCUCAAGACCCUUUCAAUCUUCAGAACUACUGAGGGCCCCAAGGAGCUUUUUAUCUGGUGUACCCCAGCGACUUCCGGCUCACGGACAAGGAGAAAAGCAGCAUCUGCUACCUGUCCUUCCCCGACUCCCACUCAGUGUGGAGGGCAGAGGCGCCCCUGGCACACGGAUGACAGGCACUGUGACCGUGGGGCCCCCGCGUCUCUGCAGAGGGAGCCUGCGCACUACUUUGGCUACGUGUACUUCAGGCAGGUGAAGGACAGCUCGCUGAAGAGGGGCUACUUCCAGAAGGGUCCCCAGGGGCUGGGGCGCCAUCUCACCGGCCCUCGGGCCCUGCAGUCUCUGGUGCUGGUGUCCCGCCUGCCCUUCGUCCGGCUGUUCCAGGCGCUGCUGGGCCUGGUCGCCCCCGAGUUCUUCGACAAGCUGGCACCCUGCCUGGAAGCGGCCUGCAGGGAGAUCGACCAGUGGCCGGCGCCCGUGCCGGGGCGGACACUCAACCUGCCUGUCAUGGGAGUCGUCCUCCAGGUGCGGCUGGCCGGCUGGGGUGGGAUGGCCCGGUGCCUGUCGACACCCACCCCUCCAGCAGCUGCUUCCUUCGUCCCCAGGUACACAUCCCAUCCCGGGCAGACAGGCCUGAAUCCGGUUCUCCAAAGCAGUGCGGCCACGAGAACCUGCUACCGGCCCCGGUGGUCCUUACCAGCACCCAUGAGCUGGACCUGUUCAGGUGCUUCCGGCCGGUGCUGGCGCACGUGCAGCUGCUGUGGGAGCUCAUGCUGCUGGGGGAGCCGCUGCUGGUCCUGGCACCCUCGCCCGCCGUGUCCUCGGAGAUGGUGCUGGCCUUGGCCAGGUGGGUCGGGCCGCCGUGUGAGAGGGGUGGCCCGGCACCAGCCCUGCUCGCUCACGGGCCCCGCGGGCCCCCCCGCAGCUGCCUGCAGCCCCUCAAGUUCUGCUGCGACUACCGCCCCUACUUCACCGUCCACGACAGCGAGUUCAAGGAGUUCUCCACGCGCACGCAGGCCCCCACUGGCCCCACAUCCUCCGUGUCGGGGAGCCCAAGAUGUCAGGGGACCUUCCCAAGCAGGUCAAACUGAAAAAGCCCUCGAGGCUGAAGACCCUGGACACCAAGCCAGGUCUGUGCCCCUCCUCUCCUCCCGGGACCCAGAGACGGGCCUUGGGGUGGGGUGGGGCAGGCAGAUGUGCUGGCACCGCCAAAGGGAGGGGAGCGCGCUACCACCCUGCCCUCCCCAGGCCUCUACACCGCGUACACGGCCCACCUCCACCGAGACAAGGCCCUGCUCAGACGGCUGCUUAAGGUACCGCUGGGGGGGGGCACACCAGGGGGCGGGACACUGUGCUCGGCAUGUGAAGGGGGCGCAGCCGGGGCGCUGUGGCUCAGCCCUCGCCCCCCAGGGCCUGCAGAAGAAGCGGCCGUCGGACGCGCAGACCGCGGUGCUGAGGCGGCACCUCCUGGAGCUCACGCAGAGCUUCAUCAUCCCGCUGGAGCACUACAUGGCCAGCCUCAUGCCCCUGCAGAAGAGCAUCGCGCCCUGGAAGACCCCUCCCCAGAUCCGCCCCUUCCGCCAGGAUGACUUCCUACGCAGCCUGGAGCACGCGGGGCCGCAGCUCACCUGCGUCCUCAAGGGCGACUGGCUGGGCCUCUACAGGCCAGCCCGCGGCGGCUGCCUCUUGCCCCCAAACAGGCGGUUUUUCAAGUCCCCGCAUUUUGAUGGCUGGUACCGGCAGCGGCACAAGGAGAUGGCCCAGAAGCUGGAAGCGCUGCACCUCGAGGCCAUCUGCGAGGCGGUGAGGGGGCUGGGCGGGGGAGCGCCGGGCAGGGAGGGCACAGGCCCAGAGGCGGGCGAGGGCCUCGGUCAGGGAUGCCCCCUCUCGUCCCCGCAGAACAUCGAGAUCUGGAUGAAGGACAAGUCUGAGGUAGAGGUCGUGGAUCUGGUCCUGAAACUCCAGGAGAGGCUGGUUCGAGCACAGGGCCACCAGCUCCCCGUGAAGGAGGCAACGCUGAAGCGGGCGCGGCUGUACAUCGAGACGGUCAUUGGCUCUCUGCCCAAGGACCUGCAGGUCGUCCUGUGCCCUCCCUAGGAUGGGGCCCGUGGUCGGGGGCCUGGGUCUGGCCGAGCUUCCUUCCCGGCAGUCUGGCACGAGCGCCCCCACCCGGACUCCCUGCUGCCUCGGGCCCUGGCCCCCCACCUGGCACCACCAUCGUCCCAGCAAUAAAGGCAGCAUCUGGAACCACAGCCUGGACCCUGACUGUUGGCAGGUCACGCGCUGGCAGAGCUUCACCUCCCCCUGGGCCCCACCUGCCCUCUCCAGGGUCUUAGGCACGGGGGGUGGGCAAGCGGUGAACCCUCGCCAAGGCCACCCACCCCCUCCGGGCGCCCAUCUGCCCAAGCCCUACAGGCCCAGCUGUUGCACUUGAUAACGUCCUUUAGACCCAGCCGGCUGCCCAGCUCAGGACAGGAGGAGGAGGCGGACAGGCAGACCCUUCUCGUCACGCAGCCCUCCCCGUCCCACCGCCUGUCUCGCCUGGGGCUGGGGGGACCUCGCCUACAGUCGUCUCUUGGGAGGGGAGAAGCCGCUUCGCCGGAAGAGAGCUCUGCCCCGUGGUUUGCUGGGAGGCUGCUCGGGCUGGGGGCUGCCAGGCGGGCCCCGGGCCUUGUCUCGUUUCCGCUGCAGGGACACCCCACCGGCACCUUCUCUGUUUGCUCUGCCCCGCACUGCUGCUCGGCUCACAGGCACUCGCGUUGCCCCCCCGUGUCCAUCUGCCCCCACGGGACUCUAGCCUGACCAGGCCCCUCUGGCCAGAGCCCUCCUCAGCCACCGCAGCCUUGGGGCACCAAGCUCCUUGGCACGGAGUGAAAGGUCCUCGGAAGUAAUCCACACCCCCGUGUGACACCUUGUGACACCGGGCCCAGUGGUCACCAGUGCUGUCACCAGCAUGGUCAGCUCAGCACAGAGGGACAGCGCUGGCAGCGAGGCAGGGGGCGGGGAGGAGGCAGGCGUGGACCCAGAGCUGCAGGCCUCCGGUAGGCCCCGCCAUACCCAACCCCAGGUGCCUCCCCUGAGGGGCAAGGCCAUGUAGAUGCCCGCGCGGCCUCAGCGGCUCCCUGAGCGGAGUCCUGGCUGAGCACGGUGGUGUGGGGUGCGGGCCAAACGGGGGCAAGCUCUUCUCUCCUGAAGCCGCACGGCCUGUGCGCCAGGAUGCAGCGUGCCGCCGCCACUCCUCCCAAGCGGGGUCUGGUGGAGUCGCCAGACGCCAGCAAGCACGGGCCUCAGAGCUGCCCGUGUCCGCUUGUCAGGCCCCGACCACAGCAGAGGACAGCCUGGUGCCUCCCCGGCCUGCAGACAGCUGAGCCCAGCCUGGUGCGUGACUGCAGUCAGAGGACAGAGUAGAGGCAGCAGAGGGAGAGACAAGCUGGAGGCCCUCGAGUGAGGGAGGACCCGGUGGCCCCAGUGCUGCUUUGGACAGCCUUGCCCUGCCGUCUGGCCUGGAGGGGUGGCGCAGGGGCCGUGAGGGCUGUGCCCCAGCCAUCACGCCAGCACACUGCACGGUGCCCUCCCUCAGCGUCCUGAGGGUGACUGCAGGUGAUGGAGGGCUGCAGGGGAGAGGCUGCCAGGCAGCUGCCAGGAGGCCUCCUCGAAGCCCCCAGGGAUUUUUGCCUCCGUCCGUCCAGGAAGGCACAACCAGAUUCCCCUGAAUCCCUGCAUCCUCCCUCGAGGACUCUGGUUGAAUCCACGCAGCAGCCCCUCACUGCGGCUUGUCCUCAGGAACACUGGAGCAGGGGGUGUGGGGGGAGGGACACCUGGCAGGGUGGGCAACAAUGCCCAGGGUGGGAUCCAAAGCUGAAGGGUAGCCGCGGGAGGAGUCCCUCCCCUGGAGUGCCUGGCGCUGUGGAGGGGCCCUCCUCCUCACAGCCCGAACCCCUGCACAAACGAGGCCUCUGGGUACAGCGUAGCCUGGGGGUGGGGGAACUCCAUCCUCUCCCCCAGAAGCCCCUGGGGUUCCCUCCCAGGAUCAGGUCAGCUCUGGCUGGGCUAAGCCUCUGUCUCCCCACCAGGCUGGGGACAGGCACUGAGGAGGCAGGAAAGGGAGGGGUGGGAGGGUCAGAAGAGACAGACCCACCCCCUACCAGAGCCCCGCGGACAUUUGGGCCUGGAUGGGCAGGAACUAGUGGUCUCAGAGGGCUCUGUGGUCGGCCAGUCUGUGAGGCCGACUGCUCGGCGGGGUUGUGUGUGGGCAUGGUGGCUGGGGAUGGGGAUGGGACCGCAGUGGGCUGAUCCGGGGACAGGAAGGACAGUCUUCACCCCCAAGCUUCCUGCACUCUAUUUAAAGACUCCCUUUUAGUCUGGGAUGGUGGCCUUCCCACAUGUUUGGUAUUAAAAUGU